CCAGCAUUACUAAGUGCAACAACACUAAACUGGUUUAGAAUGUGGCCACAAGAAGCCCUAUUGGAAGUAGCCUGCCAUUUCUUAAAAGGAUUUCAACUUAAUAUACCUGUACCAGGAAAAGAGGAUAAAAAAGAUCGCGAAAGUUUAGUUAUGACCACAGAAAAUAUUUUGCAUCGUGAUAUGCCACAAGUGUUUUCCGUUAUGCAUUCCAGUGUCUCAAAAAUCUCACAGAUUAUGUUAAGAGAAGUCAAACGAUAUAAUUAUGUCACCUCACCGAAUUAUUUACAGUUGGUAAGUGGCUUUAAGGAGCUUCUUGGUAAAAAACGCUAUGAAGUUUCAACCGCUGCAAACCGCCUUCGUAACGGACUAUCGAAAAUUGCGGAGACACAGGAAAAGGUAACCUUAAUGUCAGAAGAGCUGAAAAUAAGUUCAGAACAGGUAAAAUUGCUCGCUAAGGAAUGUGAGGAAUUUAUUUUCAUGAUAGAAAUUCAAAAGUCUGAGGCAACGGAACAAAAGGAGAUAGUUGACGCAGAAGCUGUUAUAAUUAAACGUGAGGAGAUAAUUUGUUUAGACUUGGCAGCAACUGCUCGUGCAGACUUAGAAGUCGUUUUACCCAUGAUCGACGCAGCUGUGAAAGCAUUAGAUGCGCUUAAUAAAAAAGAUAUUGCCGAAGUUAAAUCAUACGGUCGACCACCUAUGAAAAUUGAAAAGGUAAUGGAAGCAGUCCUUAUUCUUCUUGGUAAAGAACCGACCUGGGAGAAUGCAAAAAAGGUACUAAGUGAGUCCACCUUUCUUAAUGACUUAAAAAAUUUUGAUCGUGAUCAUAUUUCGGAAAAAAUACUAAAGCGAAUAGCUUUAUACACGAAGAAUCCCGAGCUAGAACCAGACAAGGUUGCUGUUGUAUCAGUUGCGUGUAAGUCGUUAAUGUUAUGGAUUAUGGCAAUAGAGAAUUACGGUAAAGUGUAUCGUAUUGUUGCACCUAAACAAGAAAAGCUUGAUAAUGCCAUUAAGUCGCUAGAAGAAAAGCAAGCAGCAUUGGCGGCAGCAAAAAAAAAACUGGAAGAGUUACAGGCGGUUAUUGAAGAGCUUUAUAUUCAACUUAAUGAAAAAACAGAGUUGCUUAAUGAUUUACGGGCAAAGGAAGAACGGCUAAGAAAGCAACUGGAACGGGCAAUUAUAUUAGUAGAAUCGCUAUCUGGGGAACGAGAACGUUGGAUAGAAACUGUAGCUCAGCUGGAUGUAUCUUUUGAAAGACUACCUGGAGAUUGUCUAUUAUCUAUUGCGUUUGUGACUUAUCUGGGUGCAUUUGACACAAAGUACCGAGAAGAGCUUCUGAAUAAGUGGAAACAACUCAUAAAAGAUUUACUUAUACCAGCUACCCCUGACCUGAAAAUUACUAUAUUUCUCUGCGAUGCCGUUUCGAUUCGAGAAUGGAAUAUUCAAGGACUACCCGCUGAUGACUUAAGUACAGAAAAUGGAGUGAUAGUAACUCAAGGCAGUAGAUGGCCUCUAAUCAUCGAUCCCCAAAUGCAAGCGAAUAAUUGGAUUAUGAAGAUGGAGGAACGUAAUCACUUAGUUAUUAUUGACUUGGGCAUGACUGAUUAUCUGCAGAAAAUAGAGCUAUCCAUUAAAGAAGGAUUUCCAGUAUUAGUGCAGAAUGUGGGAGAGUCUCUAGAUCAAGCUAUAUAUCCAAUUCUUCGACGCAAUUUUACUAUACAAUCUGGAGAAAAACUUAUAAAAUUUAACGACAAGUACAUAUCUUAUAAUGAUCAGUUCAGAUUUUAUAUUACAACUAAAAUUUCAAACCCUCAUUAUCCACCCGAAAUAUCAUCAAAAAUGAGUGUCGUAAACUUUGCUCUUAAGCAAGAUGGUUUGGAAGCUCAACUAUUAGGAAUUGUAGUUCGCAAAGAAAAACCAGCUCUGGAAGAACAGAAAGAUGAUCUUGUAAUGACAAUUGCACGAAACAAACGUACAUUGAUAGAUCUUGACAAUGAAAUUCUAAGAUUACUAAAUGAAAGUAGAGGAUCGCUUCUUGACGAUGAUAAACUUUUUUCCACUCUACAGAAAUCUCGCCAAACAUCUACCUUGGUAAAAGAAUCAUUAAGCAUUGCAGAGGUCACAGAGGUAGAAAUUGAUGCAGCCCGACAGGAAUACAAGCCUUCCUCUGUACGGGCUGCUAUACUAUUUUUUGUCUUAAUGGAUAUGUCAAAGAUUGAUCCCAUGUAUGUUUUCUCAUUGGCUGCAUAUAUUCUACUUUUUACGCAAUCUAUUGAGCGCAGUCCACGCAAUCAACUAGUACAUGAACGUAUUCACAAUAUCGACGAAUAUCAUACGUAUUCAGUAUAUCGAAAUACAUGCCGUGGUCUCUUUGAAAAACAUAAGCUUUUAUUUUCAAUACAUAUGACUGCUAAAAUACUCUCGAACGCAGGGAAACUUGUGGAAGAAGAGUACAACUUUAUUUUGAAGGGUGGUAUUAUACUUGAGAAGCAAGGACAGGCUCCUAAUCCAGCCAAAUGGUGGAUUAGUGAGCAAAACUGGGAUAAUAUAACAGAGCUGGAUAAAGUACCAGGGUUUCAUGGCAUCAUAGAUUCAUUUGAAUCCAAUUUUAAAUCAUGGAAUG